CACCACCGUCAUCAACUCAGCUCUUUCGGUGCUCAAUCCCAAUCAUGAACUCGCAGCAGGUCGCUCUGCGACAUGCCUGCAGAGUCCUUCAACCGAACAAUCUUGUGUUCCUCUACCCACCCUUAACUCGGUCCUAUCAUGCUAGUUUUCCUCGCAAAGCUCUGACCGAUCGCAUUAGCCGCUUCUUGGGCAAGAAAGAUCUGUCUUCCCAAGAAUCGACAUCAGUCUCCGCCACAUCCCAGUCAAGUACCCCCAAAGGUCGUAGAAAGGGGAAUGCACAAGCCGUGGAACAGCUAGAAGAACCUGCUCUGGUCCAGGGUAGUCUUGCCUCCAAUAGCGUCUGGGGCGCGGUUGCACCCUCGGCGACUCCUUCAGCGACCCCCUCCCCCACCAAAAAAGCAUUCGAAGUCGGCCUCGAAGGACGAAAUCAACAGAACAUGGCUUUCGCUCUCGAUCCUCGCCCAAAAGCUCGCCGACUUUGGCAACGAAAAAUGAUCGUCCGUCACAUUCGACGUCGCGGCCGGCCCACCAAAGAAAUGGAAAUUGCACGCACGGAAAAAUCUCAUCUGUCAAAGUCCCAUUUCUUCAAGACAUCGAUGAAGAAGCUGGCUCCACUUGCUCGCCAAAUCGCGGGAAAGUCUUUGGACGAAGCCAUUCUUCAGAUGCGCUUUUCGGGGAAGAAGGUGGCCAAGGAUGUUAAGGAGCAUCUUUUACAAGCCCGCUACGAGGCCAUCACCAGCAGAGGCAUGGGCCUUAGUCCUACUUCACCUGAGGAAAUCGACCGAAGACUCACAAAAGACCCAUCCCAAACCCCCCCUCUUGCGCACGAAACCCCCAUCAAAUCUCACAAAUUUGGCCACGCACCCGAUCCAUCCACUAUUUAUAUUUCUGAAGCCUGGAUCAAUCGAGGCUCGUAUGGGCAGGAACCUGAAUUCCGUGCCAGAGGCCGGACUAAUAUGCUACGACCGCCAUAUACCGGUAUCAGUGUGGUUCUAAAAGAGGAGAAGACGCGGAUACGACAAAAGGCGGAAAAGGAAGCAAAGGCUUUGAGGAAGCGAUUGUCCGGGAAGAACCUAUGGGUUCAGCUUCCCGAUCGUAAAGUGACUGCCCAGCGCCAGCACUUGUUGUGGUAAAUUGGACGAGCUCCAUUUACCAUGAAUGUUAUGGACGAUGCACAUUGUACAAAAUAUAUACCUAGUUGCAGUGUGCAGAUUUGCCUGCUUCUGAAUCAAUAAUACCUUUAGAAGUCUGAACA